AAGGGCAUUACAGGAUCCUUUCCUAGCAUUUUUACCUCCAAGCGUCUAGACUGAUCUUCCCAGAACAGCUCCCAACAGGCUUUAAACAAUGUGCAGAGAGCAGAUGACAGACUGGUAUUAGCCCCUCAUGUAUAGGUGUCCCGUUUCAGAGUUGUGAUUUCAUGUGCAGUAAAGCUACAACACUAAUGACUGUGCUGCUACCAAGAAAAUAAUGUGCCACUGUUGAAGAUGGGAGGUAGUGGCUCCAAAUCCAAAGGAUAUUGGCCUUUUAGUGGCUCAGGUAGUGGUGAGGAUCCAGCCAAAGACGGAAAUGAGCAGUCGUUGACAAGACUUCGAAGUUUCAGAAAUUCAACACCUUUUGUGUUUACUAGACGAAGCUCAUUGUACUUCGAUGAGGAUGGCGACUUGGCCCACGAGUUCUAUGAAGAGACAAUUGUGACCAAGAAUGGACGUAAAAGAGCCAAGCUGAAAAGGAUUCAGAAAAACUUAAUACCUCAGGGAAUUAUAAAGCUGGAUCACCCCUGCAUCCAUGUAGAUUUUCCCGUUGUCAUCUGUGAAGUUUGAUGACAUCCGAGGAGAAUCCUGAAACUAGCUACCGUGUCAACUCCGUCCAGUGGUUUCCUCUAGAGGUGGAAGCCACAAUCCUCCUACAAAACACUAUGAUCUCCUCUUGAAACUUCUGAUGCGCUUAUGUGGACAGAGCGAUUCACCGUUUGUCGAGCCUCUGCUUGUGAGCUGUGUUCAGGACUGUGCUUGUGAGGUCACUACUGGGGAACGACGAUCCAUGAAAAACACAGAACACUAGAAAGGUGUAAAAAAAAUGUCUGACUUGGCGAUACAUAGUUGGUUUACAGCGCACGUUCUGCGUGCCUAGGAUAUGGUAUGAGUCGGGGCAAAGUCGUGAUUGGAUUACUGCUUCGUUUUCUGGUAUGGUUUAACGUUCACAGAUAAAAGGAGAAUGUAAAGAAGUUCCUUUGCAACCAUGGGCAGUAAAUUGAUUUGUGGUCCUUAAAUUGGGGUUGUAAAGGCUGGAUUUGCAUUCAUACUGAGCAGUAAGAGGAAAAGUAAUAGCUGAUGAUUUUUGUUUUUUUUUGUUUUUGUUUUUUUUAGUUCUUCACAACUAAUGACUGGGAAUCGAUAUUUUAUUCAUCCCCGAGGGGAAAUUGGGUAUUCCUGGAUCAUCCGCAGUGUAUCCCGAGUUUAUCAGAAUAGAAAGGUUUAAACGCACAUUGUAUGUGUACAAUACCCUCAUGGCUUGCUUCAAUAUCAGUCAUGCAUGAAACUGGAUUUGUUCAUCAAAAAAAUGUCCCCAUGGAGUUGACAAUCUUUGGCCAAUAAGAUCUUAAGUGGUUUAAUGUGAUAAUUGUUGCGUCAGAUAGGCUGGCUUGAGCUACAAUGGUGUGACCAGACCUCCGCGCUACACGUAUAUAAUAGUAAUGGGUCAAAUAAGAAAUCCUGAAUUUCGUUGCUGUUUUGACACACUGUUUCACUUUUAAUUUAUUAUACAUGUUAAAACUCUUAUUAUUUUUAAGUACAGUUUGAGA